GGGUUGGCGGGCUCGCAUGGCAUCUCGGUUCCAAUCGCAACUUAACAUCGCAAUAGUAAGAUGCCUUCGUACAGCCAAGAACCGGAAGACCAGUCGCGCUCGGCCAAGAGCCGUGGCAGCCACCUCCGCGUGCACUUCAAGCACUGCCGUGAAGUGUGCCACACGAUCAAGGGCCUCCCGGUCGGUAAGGCCAAGAAGUUCCUCGAAGCCGUCUUGGAGAAGAAGGCCGCCGUGCCCUUCACCAAGUUCACGGGCGGUGUCGGCCGCCACGCCCAGGGCAAGACCCUGAACGCGCCGGGUGACAAGUGCCGCUGGCCCCAGAAGGCGACCAAGAUCAUCCUCGACUUGGUCAAGAACGCCGAGGCCAACGCCGAGCUCAAGGGCCUCGACACGGACAAGCUUUACAUUGCCCACACGCAGGCCAACGCCGCGAUCAAGCAGCGCCGCCGCACGUACCGUGCCCACGGUCGCAUUGGCCCGUACAUGUCGAACCCUGCCCACAUCGAGCUCAUCUUGACGGAGAAGAAGGAGAACGUCGCCAAGGCUGAGGAUGCCGCGCCUGCCAAGAUCUCGCGCAAGCGCAACGCCCAGCUCCGCCUCAAGUCGGGCGGCGGCGUCGCCAACUAAAUCUCAAGGCUCUGUGCUGCGGCUGAGUGUGUCAGGAGGCCGGUAACCUUCUAAUAAACUUGCGAUGACAAAACACGAGGCCCACCGAAAUGUACCUAUUUGCCCUCGUGUUCUCUUCGCGGUCUUGCGUUGCCUCGA